AUGCCCCAGAUACAAGUGUGGGGCAGGUGUGGGGCAGGGCCCCCUCAGACCUUCCUCAGGACCCUGCUAGUGGGUCCGACUGCCCUCUCCCUCCACCUACCCCCGGCGGCCGCGGGACCAGCCUCGGCCGAGCAGCCCUGCCUGCCCCGCGGGCAGCAUCCCGUGUCCGCCGCCCUGCCGCGUCCUGACCCCCGGAACCUGCCCCGGUGCCCCCCCCCGGAAUCCACGUCCCGGAGGAGCUGCGCCACGGAGAACCCGUCCCCGGGAGCCCACCCGAACCUGCCCCGAGCUGAGCUGAGCCCCACGGACCCGCUCUCCCCCGUGGCCGGCCCUGCGGAUCCCGUCCCGGCGGCGGCCCCGGCCGUGCCCCGCGCCCCCCCUCCCGGUGCGGGCGGGCUCCCGUGCGGGUGCCCGCGGCUCGGGGCGGCGCGUGACCGGCUGCCGCUGCCGCCGCCGCCCGCUCCGCCGCAGAGCCCGGCCCGCCCGCACCGGCACCGGCACCGGCAGGUCAUGCUGCGGCGGGCGGCGGGAGGGGGCUGGCGGCACCGCGGCCCGCGCACCGCGCACCGGGCACGGAGCGGAGGAGCCGGCCCGGCGCGCUGCGGGUGGGGUCGGCGGGAUGCGGCGGCCGCACCGGCCCCGCUGUGGUCCCGCACCGGCCGCGGCCCGACUCCGCUGCGCAGCCCCGCCGGUAAUCCGCACCGCGCCGCGGGGCCGCCGCCGCAGCACCCUGGCGAUCCCGGCCCCGUUCCCGGCCCGGCGGGUCUGAGCCGUGUGCGGCGGCAGCGAGGGGCUCCGGGCCGAGCAUCCCCGCCGGGAUGCGGCCGGGACGCGCCAAGGGUCGACUCGGUACUCACCAUGGCUGCAGCACAGCUCGUCACCUGGGGGAUGCUCCUGGCCACCGGGGUCCCCGCCAAAGCCCAGGGGGUGCUGCUGGCAGGGCUGUCCUUCGGUGGGGACCCCUUGCACAGGGGACAGCAGUGGCCAGGCCCAUCCCCUGCCUGGGAGGCAUCGGGGGAGCCCAGCGGUGCUGGGGCCCCAAGGAGUGAGCGCUGGGGGGUCAAGCACCCCGUGCACUGGUCCCCACAUCUGCAGGCAGGGGAUGGCACCAGGGCACCCCUGGAGAUGGAAACCACUAUGACAGGUGCUGAUAGCAAGAUCUGGAGGGACGGCAGCACAGUCCCGGCUGUGACAGAGGAGCCGCUUGUUGCCUGGCGAGGGCACGAAGCUGAAGUCCAGGACAGGCCCCUGCCCCACGGCUCUGCACUGGGUACGCCGGGCCCUGAGGUGCCCACGGACAGAGGGGCAGACUCUUCAGGGCCACCCUGGGCCGGGCAGGGCCUCUCCCUGUCCAGGGACAGUGUCUCCAAGACAGCCAGCACCCCCAGCCCUCAGCCAGCCGCACCCACCACUGCCCUGGACCCCACGCUGGCGGCAGGGAUGAGGACAGCAGAUGCCCACGCAGGGGGACACACAGCGGUCCCGGGCCUCUCUCAGGAUGCCAAACUCACUUCAGCCAGCAGCCAGUCGGUCCCACCGGGCACAGCCCCUGUCUCUGAUCCUGGAGGAACGGGGCCAGCCUGGGGUCCCCAUGCCAGCCCUGGCUCUGUGCAGCUGGUGGGCAGCUGGGGGGACACGGGAGGGCCCCCCAGCCCCUCCCCGGCUCUGCCCAGCUCUGCCCCACGGCUGCGCCACACUGCCCCGUCCUGGGGGCUGGCUGAGCCCUGGACUCGGGCGCUCCCGUCCCUCCAGCGCAGCACCCGGAGGGCCCCGCUCAGCCACGCCACCACCAGCCCUGGCGAUGCAGGCCCCCGGACGGACCCUGGGACUACGGGGCAGCGGGGACCUCAGCCCGCCCCAGGGUCUGUCCCCAGCACCGGCCCUGCGCCACCCCCCGCCUCCAGCACGGCCACCCCCGGUACCCCGAGCAGAGGGCUGCUGCCCGAGGAGGACGUCGGCUCCCCGCAGCAGGUCCGGGGCGCCGUGGGCCCUGUGAGCGUCCCAAAUGCCACCCAAACGACCCCACAGCCAACGGCACAUCCCACCACAGGGACGCUCGGGAUAAGGCACCCAGACACGCCGGGGACGCAGCCCGCAGCCUCCAGCACUGCGGCCCCCUCGGCCACGUGGCGACGGGCAGGGACGACGCCUCAGCCGGUGCCCCGGGAUCCAUCAUCGCCGCAGCCACAGCCCACGGUCCGUGUCCCGCCGGCGCUGGGAGCCAACGCGAGCGGGCUGCGCUGGGCCGAGCUGCAGCGCCAGCUGGGCUUCUCCUGGGAGGCCCACGUCUAUGGACUGGCUGCCGUGUUCCUGCUGCUGGCGCUGGGCUGCCUGGCCGGGCUGGCGGGGACAGCCAUCCUGCGGCCCCCACACCUCCUCCACGUUGUGGGGGCCCACGGGCUGCUGCUAGCCGCCUGCCUGCUGCGGGCCACCUUCCUGCUGCUGGAUCCCUACGGGGCACGGGGCCGCCUGCCCACUGCGGCGCUGCUGCUGCUCAACACGGCCCCUUUCCCCCUGCUGCUCGCCGCCUUUGCCCUCCUGCUCCAGCGGCUGCAGCGCCUGGCCCAGCUUCAGCUGCUGCCGUCCCGGCUGCGGGGGCUGCCGGCGCUGGGGGCUGCUGCUGCCCUGCAGGGUGCGGUGAUGGGCGCCGCCGACCUGCUGCCGCCUCGGCUGGGGCUCACGGCCGCGCUGGGGCUGCAGGCGCUGGGCUGCGGGGCAGGGGCUCUGCUGCUGCUGGGGGGGCUCUGGGGGUGCUGGCGGGCGCUGCGGGCGCCCUGCGAGGGGCCGGGGCCGCAGCCGGGGGCGCGGGCGCUGCUGGCGGCGGCGGUGGCGGGGCUGCCGGUCUGCGGGCUGCAGCUCUUCAGCGCUGUGUGGCUGCGAGCAGUGCUGGGGCCCCAGGGGCGCUUCUCCCGGCCCAGCUGGGCGGCACAGCUCUGGCUGCGGAUCGGCGAGCUGGGCACGGCCCUGGCGUUGCUGGCGGCCGCCGCCGAGCCCGUGUGCUGCCGGUGCCGCCGCCGGAGCCCCGCCGGCCACUCCUGCUGGGCCAAGGCACUGCGGUACUUCUGCGCCGGCCGCAAAGCUGAGGCACCCGAAUACCCCAACAACUGCUACGACUGGGCCGGCGGCGGCACCGGCGGCAGCGGCGCGGAGCGGACACCAGCCAACGACAUCUCCAAGAACCUCAUCCGCAACCCGGCGGAGCAGCUGCCGCUGCGGGCUCUGAAGGACAGCAACGAGGUCUGGGCAGCCGGCACCGGGAUGCCGGGGCUCAGCCCCAAGUGCCCCAACAUGCUGGCCGCCCGCUCCUGCGCCGCCUUCGAGCAGGGCUCCUCGCCCUCCCUGGGGGAGCUCAUCUUCCGCCCGCCGUCCCCCAUCGACCUGCGCCGCAGCAUCGACCAGGCGCUCUGCCGCCGCCACCUCCUGCACGACGGCCUCUUCGGCCGGGCCCGCCGUGGCUCCGGCUCCUCGCUGCACGGCUCCCCUGCCCCCGACAAGACCCCCAGCCUGGGGCGUAUGGUGCGCUGCAGCUCGCUCACGGAGCUGCCCGGCCCCCGCCAGCCCCACGGCACCAUCACUGUCACCGUCACCGCCUCGGCCAGCUCGCUGGAGAGCAGCUCGCUGAAGAUCAGCUGGAACCCCUGGCGCCACGGGCUGUCCUCGCCCGACAGCCUGCCCCUGGACGAGGCGCCCAGCCGGGCCCCGCUCCUGGUGCCCGCCGGAGCCCCCGGCUGCGAGCGGGAGGGUCCCCGCGCCUUCCCAGCCCUCGGCAAGGCGCUGGACUCCCGCAGCCUCUCCAGCGACACCAUUGAGCUCUGAGCCCGGGACAGGCAGAGACUGGGGGCGCAGAAGGACGAUGAGGGUGAGGACACUGUGAGGGUGCAGGGGUCUGAUCCUGCGCCCCUGUAGGGCCGGGCAGGGGCAGUUCCAUUUGUGCCAAACGAGAGAAAUAAAGAGUUUAUGCUGGGA